AUGAGUGGGCGUUUAGAAAAACCACUAGCUCCAGUAUUAGUAGAUGCAAAUCAUCAUUCAAUUGAACUUCAAUGGGAAGAUGUACGAAUUCAGGAUCAAGAUCGUCCAGAAGAUAAAAGAUUGUUUGACGAAUCCGGUGCAGCACGACCAGGCUCUUUAAUUUAUUUACAUGGACGCGAGAAAAGAAUUGGCUCACUUUGGCAAAGUAUAUACACAGGAUCAGCAACGUCGUAUAAAGCUGAAAAUCUUAAAGCCAAUACUCAAUAUGAAUUUCGAAUACAAUGUAAAUUAGGUUCUAAUGGUGGUGAACGCUCAGAUUGGUCGUCAAUAUUUCAAGUAGGAACAACACCAGAACCAAUGACUGCUGAAACAGUUUUCAAAGCUAUUGCUGCGCCUGGAAAAGAUCAAUUAGAAAAAUUACUUCGAAUUUUAGGUUCAAACCAUUAUCUACUAGAACGUCCGGAUAAAGAUGGAAAUUUACCUUUAAUGCAUGCAUGUGCUAAAUUUGAUGUUGGAAAAGUUGAAUUACUAAUCAAAGCAGGAGCAAUGGUUAACAGUAGUGUUGGUUCUGGAAAAACACCACUUAUGGUGGCAGCCAGUACAGGUUUUCAUAAAGCAUGUGCAGUACUUAUCGAAAAUGGCGCAAACAAUUGUAGCAUUGAUCAAAAUGGUAUUUCUGUAUUACAUCAUGCCAUUGACAGUAAAAAUUUUGAAACAAUUUCUGUUAUAAUUAGAAGUCUUAAUAAAGAUAAAGAAAUUGAAAUGAAUAGAGAAGUUGCAGUAUAUAAAUGGACGCCACUAUAUCGAGCAGUAAUGCAUGAUUGCAAUAAAGAGAUAAUUGAAUUUCUUAUUAAUCAUGGGGCAAAUAUUGAAGCUGAAGAUGGAAUAACAUUUACCACUGCAUUACAAAUGGCAGUGAUACGCGGAAAUUUAAAAACAACACAAUUAUUGGUUACACAUGGAGCAGAUUUCAGGAGACUAAGCAAAGUUGGUGGUAAAACACUUCAACAACUGGCUGAAUCUACUAAUAAAAUGGAUUUAAUCAAUUAUAUCAAUUCAUUACCAUCUGCUCCGAAAAGUUAG